AUGGAUAAAUGUCAAAUCCAGCGACCUUUGAAGAUCUCGUCGUCGCUUGUAAGAAGAGGUUACGACCGAAUCCGGACAAGGGAGUUCGAGGAUGUCAGCAAACAUCUGUUCUCUGCACAGGGCCAGCCACCGUCACUGCAGAUACUUCAGCAGCCGGCAGCAAUCGACUCGGCUCUUGAUGCACACAAGCAUGCACCAACGGAUACAAGAUCGACCCUUCCAUACGAUGAGGAUCUCACAAAGAUAGACACAUCCGACAAACUGUCGGUUGGGCACGAUCCCAGUUCGUCAACGUGGACGUUCGUUGAAGUCGUGGAUGCAGACCAAUUGAACACAGUGCUACCGCAUAACAAAAGACGCUUAAUGAUACGUCUACAGCAGGAGCAUUCUUUCGCGCGUCUAUCCAUCACAGAAGCUCUGUACAACAGUCUUUGCGCAGAACUACAGAUCUUUGACGCUCUGCGUGAUGUACUGAUGCAUUUCGGCGUGCGUGCAAGGGAAGUCGAAAUCGCACCUCAACGUAUGAGAUGGCAGACGCUGAAAGACAGCAGCAGCAGCAAGGACGAAGCCCACCGAGGCUGGGAGUGUGCUUACUGCCUGAGGUACCUACAGCCGAAUCACCGCUCUUCGGGUCAACCUUGGUCACUCAGGCAAUUCACCGUCUAUAAUAAAGUGCAGCUCUCUGAUGUUCGAUCAACGUGGCUAUUUGUGUCUGCUCCAGAGGACGUCGUUGGCGGCAUCAACAGUACGUUACCCGAGAAAGAAUACGACAUUUGUUUGACAGAUGUCGAAACACAUUGCUCAAUCUCAAUGACCACAAUGGCAUUCUGGAGAUCAUAUGUGGUCUAUUUGUCGAAGGUUGUUGAAGAAUAUACCGGCAAAGUGAGCUUCGCCAACCCUGCCGGCUGCCACAUCAUAGAUGUAGCAAAAGAGGGUAUGUUGGUGCAAUUGAAGCACAUCGAUGAUGACAUAGUGGACGCCGUUUUGGCACUGGAGGUCAACAUUGACCAGAUGAAGUCGUUGUUAAUGAUGUGGAAGCGAUGUGGUGUUCACGUUGGCACCAAGGAUGAUUCGAGCUCGGUUACACCAACGAUGCACGAGGUUAUGUUGGACGUUGAGGCUAUACUUAGACAGCUUCGUUCUUUGCGGGACAAAGUCGCGACUUGCACCUUCUUAGCCUCACGUUUCGCAGAACUAGGAUCCGGGACCUCUCUGAAAGAGAAUGGCGAAGAUCUAUGCAAGUAG